UUAAUUAGUUAUGGUGAAGUGUUGUGAACAAUAAAAUGUGUUAUGUCGUAUCUAUAGUGUACGGAUGACUAAAGGCAAUAUCAAUGCUUUGUGAGGAAAAAUAACAAAGAAUGUGUUAGAUAUCUGGUCUGCUGGAUAAGUCAGUGAAUAAUAAUACUGAUAUAGACGAAAUGAGCGUUAACUUCGGGAAUAACACUACCAAUGGUGGAAUUAAAAAUACGUAUUUUGAGGGAAAUAGAUUUCCCUGGUUACCGUCAGUAUUUGUGGCAGUUUCGUUACUGGUUUUCUUGGGAUUGUCAUUUGCUAAAUAUCAUCGAAAGGUUUCUAAGAAAAGGCAAGCCACGUUGGAUUAUAUGCUUGUUCAUUCUCGAAUGCUACGACGUCGAACACUGGCACCGCUUUGUAAUACAUAUUCCAUCAGCAUUAAGGACUUGGCAUCGUCUGUGAGAAUAAGAGUACCGAAUGCGUCUGUAUGUCUAAAGAGUGUUGAUUCAUUUAACUAUAACAUGACCAGCAUGGACAGUAAUGAUUAUGUUAAUAAAGAAGACAAUGAACCAUUUACGCCAUAUUUUGGUGCAACAUUAAAUGAUUCAACAAGCAGUAAAUUUCUAGACAGUGCACUAUCAUUCAGUGGAAGUGAGUGGGACUACUCUCAGUCGAAAAGUCCCCGACCUCCUCGAUUUAAUCUUUCGGGUAUUCACAGUGACGAAAGCUACGAUAAGAACAGGAUAAAACGAAAACGAUGGAGACGUAGCUUUUCCUUAGAUGACUAUUGGCUAGGCAAUAAAAAACGAUACCAUGCCCUGAAUCUCAUGGAUGAUUCAUUUGAUACUGGAAUGAACACUAGUGAUGACUUGUAUCAGUGUUCUAACGAAACGGGUUCACAACAUGAAAACACGUAUUUGACCAACGCUAAAAAAAUCCCCGAAGACAGUGUUUUAUUAAACGAUAAUCAAACGAGUGAACGUGACAGUUUUAUUAAUAUCAAAACACAAAGGCUAUAUCAGAAACCCUGUAGACCAAACCGACAACAAAAACUUGUCGACAAACGAAAACGUCUCACAAAAAUCAGGCAUUGUGGAAAUGCUUGUCAAAACUGUUCAGCGCCUAUUAGACAGGAUGCCAACGAAGACAACGAAUUAAAUAUGGAAACUACACUGGCGAGAAGAAUGGAAAAAUUAAAUCCUGUGUCAUACAAAUCAAAGUCGGUGAGUUUUGAAACGAGAACAUUUGACAAAGGUGCAAAUGUGCGAAAACGUAUAUGUGAUAUACGAAGCGAUUCUGCGCCUAGCACCAGUGUUUCUCAUACUUUAAUACUUUUCAGUCACCAACACAAAAAUGAGACCGGCCUUGCCUCGGAUUUUUUGCCAUUUGAGGAGAAUUCCAAACUCACGGCUAGCAAUACACCCAUUUCCACCAGAAGCAAAAGAAAAAAGAUCUUUGCCCACCAAAAGAAUGUCGAUCUUAACAGCUUAGAAUUGCGCGUGGUUAAUGAUAUGAAUUUUGAAAACGCGGAAGGCAGCAAAGCAAGUAAGGCCAUCUUUAACCAAAAUGGUUUAAGCAACGAAAUAAUCGGUGAUAAAAAGAUAACAUUAGAUAUUUCUAAUCAAUGCCCUAUAUUAUUCAUGCUACAUCAAAAUUUGAGGGAUGCAUCUCGACGGGCAUUAAUGAGUCCUAGAUCACUUCAGUGUAAUUCAAGUGUGGAGUGUGCCAGUUCUGUGACGAUGUCCCAAGGAGAUAACAGUGCGAUUACGAUAAAUAACAAUGAAUUAAAAGACUGUUAUACUGACAAGAUAUUAAUGGAUUCUGCAGCAGUUAAAAAUACGCCAGAAUGUUCAGAUAACUUACAAAAUUCUUCGAGCAACAGAAACUUCACGAACGGUUUGAUCAAUGAUGCAUAUCUUUGGUCACGAAAAUCAUGGAAGAUGUAUGCCGACAGGAAGAAACAGGAACAAAAACGAUCAUCAGAAAGAACAAACCCAGAUGUGAAGGGUGAGAAAAAGGGGGAGACAGCUAAAGUAGAAAAAAGUGGAAAUACAGACAAUGAUAUAUUUUGGUUAGAUGUACAUGAUGGUGAUGACACCAUGGUAUAAGCCGUGGUACUGGAAAGUGGUU